GUUAGAUCACACUGGCAGCGUUGUGGCGGCACAGUGCAGGGCGUGUGUCACUCAGUGAGGCGGCGGCAUAAAUGGAGGAAAAUAGUGGAUGUGGCGAGCGCGUGCAGGGCCAGCGCGGAGUGGAGUCAGGCGGGCGCCAGUUGAGCACCACACCUGGGGCGGCGCACAGCUCCACCUGACUGCUGUGUACCUGUGUGUGUACCCGGCGCCUUGCCCGCGGCAGGCCGUGUCAGUGUUGUCAGUGUGCGGCGCGGCAAGUAUGAGGUUCACCCACUGCCAGUAGCGCGCGAGUGUCACUCAAAAGGAGAGUUCCCUCAGAGGGCGGCGAGGCGGCGGCGGAGUGGGAGCCUCCACCCGUGGCAGUGUUUGUGUUGUGGCGGCGCGGGCGGCGGCGGCCCCAUGCGGUGCGAGCCCCCCUGGUGGAGCUGCGGCGGCGUCUGCCUACCACUCCACCUCCCCCUGCUGCCUCUGCCCUUCCCCCCCAUCCACCACCACCACGGAGGCAGGUGCAAGCCCCGAGCCCCUCUGGAGCGACUGUAGUAGUUACAACAGCAGGAGUACCGGCGAGUGUGGGCGGCGCGGGCGGAGUGAGGGCGGGUGGUGUGCGUGGGCGCGCGGGCUGGGCGGGGCUGCCUCGCCCUCCAAGCUAUGCCCGGGCGGCGCCUCCCCGUGCUUCAUGUUCAUGUUCCGCUCCAGGAAGACCGCCUUGGUGAAGCGAGCCUGGAAGUCACGGCAGGUCGGGCUGGGCGACACGCCCCACCAGGAACCCAACCAGCAGGAGGUUGCCCAGCAGCUCAAGGUUGCCGCUUUCCACCUCUUGCGACGCCUGACGGAGGCCCAGUUGGAAUUAUUGGUGGCCGCCUUGGACUCAGGCGGCGGUGACCCCGGAGAGUGCGUGCUGGUGCCCCGCGAGCUGGGCGAGGAGAGUGUGGGUGGCCGUGCCUUGCCGCCUCACCUCCUGAUGGUGUGGGUGUGGCGGUGGCCGGACCUGCUCAGCGCCAACCAGCACAGCACCACGCCCUUGCAGCGACUUCCCUCGUGUGCUGCUCGCAACGACCACGUCUACGUGUGUGCCAACCCCUACCACUGGGCCAGACUCCUUCAGACAGAGUCUCCACCUCCUCCUUACUCGCGAUUCAGCUCGGAUCUGCUUAGACCUGAAGAUGACGCCCCGAGCGAAGACAGUCCGCUGGAAUCACAAGAAACGGGAGGAACCAAUCAAUUCCCAACUGGGUCAGUUCCUUGGUGCCAAGUGGCCUACUGGGAGGGACGAGAGCGGGUUGGGCGCCUGUAUCCAGUGUGCUCGUCUUCCCUCAACAUCAUGGGAGACACGCCUCACGGGGAUGGCCUCUCGCUGGCCUCGCUGGCGGCACACUCGCACACCUCACCCUCGGAACAAGUCAAGAGAACCAGGGAGAAAAUAGGUCUCGGUCUGGUGCUGUAUCAAGACGGGGACCGAGUGUGGGUGUACAACAGGGCGGACGUGCCCCUCUUCGUCACCUCCCCCACCCUGGACGGGGGACUCCACACCCGCUCACACUUCAUCGUCCACAAGCUUCCCCCGGGACACAUCAUCACCAUCUUUGACUACAACAAGGCGCGGCUGUACCAGAAGCUGCCCAUCCACCCAGACCUGCUGCACGAGGGUCCCAUCGACCAGAACGCGGUGCGGGUCUCCUUCGCGAAGGGCUGGGGACCCAACUACCACCGCCAGGAGAUCACCGAGUGUCCCUGCUGGCUGGAGAUCCUGCUCGUGCCUGCGAGAUGAUGUCCUCACUGCCUGGUGCUCUCUCACUGCCCACCCAGUCUUGCCCGCCAGUCGCCUGUUGGCUGGUCCAGCAGCACUGACAGGGAGUUCAGUAGCAGCAGCAGCAGUAGCAGCAGCAGCAGCAGCAGCAGCAGCAGCAGCAGCAGCAGCAACAGCAGCAGAAGCAGAAGCAGCCUUCACAUGGAGUAUGUGGAAUGGAUUUGCUAGCCCAUGUUGCAGAAGCAGCAGCAGCAGCCGCCGCAGCAGCACACCAGAGGCAGCUUAGCCGCAGCACCGCCCAGCCCAGGCCGCCCAUGAGUGGAGGGGCGUCCCGGUGUACGGCCGUGGCUCUGCACCCCCACCCCCCCACCCCUGACCCCUGUGCCGGGAACUUCUGCCAGUCUUACAGUGCAAGAUAUUCAUUAGUUGUUGGGGAAGAGAGUCGCUUCCCGCCACUCUCUUUGUGCAGACGCGCUAGGUGGGUGUGGAUAUUUAGUGUGAGAUUAUUUCAGAUUGCUAUUCACGGGUCACAAUUUUGUUGGACUUACUUUCUCUGUGGUUAUCUUGCCAGUGAAUUUGGGCACUCAUGUUUAUAUUUCUCUUGUAAUGAAAUCUAGUCUGAGUUUGUAAUUUUUGUUACUGUUUUUGUUCUAAUAUUAAUAACACAGUAUCUUUGAUAUUUGUUGACGCACUUUUCUCAGAAAUUCACUGUCAAACUCUUCAUCGUGGUUCCCACAGGUGCAGCAAACACAAACACAAACCUCACUCAAGUCAUGAAACAUUCUCCUCCUUGAGGAGAUUUUGUGUUAUGGGAAAUUGAUACCAUUAAUUAAUAAACAGAAAAUGUAAAAGCUUGUUAUGUUAGUCCUCAGAGAGCCAGCCUUUGCAGUGCCCAGCGAGGACCCGCAGUGUCCGGGCACCUGCGCCGUGCCGCGCCGCGCCGCAGGGCUAGGCGCCACGGCCCCGGGGACGCCGCUUGCCCGCAGCUUGUGGUGUUGAUCUGUGCACCAGAGGAAGACACACCUAAAUUAUUGUCAUGCUUUUUGUACAGAAUUAGAGAUAAUAGAGCGAAAUGCUUUAAAAGUCCCAUUUCUACCUCAUUUUAUGGAAUAACUGAUAAAUUCAUUAUUCCUCGUUCAGUUACGUAAUAGGAUGUUACUGAUCGGAUGUUGAGUGUGAACCAUAAGUACUUAAUUUUAAAACUCAUAUAGGAGACUACUGUCAGAAAGAGUAAGACUAAGGAGUAUGACUAAGCUAACGUUUGCCAGGAGGGGAGCAAAGAUCUGUCUGCUAGUCCGAGAAGUCUCAGCCUGUGGGAACCUGCUGAACCCGAACCUUGUGUCACGAGUCAAGCAUUACUGUUACUAUGAUUCACACUGUGAUGGGUGGCGCGAACCUCUACACACCAAACAAACAAUCAAACUUAUUUUAUUAGUGAGGGGAAACAGAUUGGCCAAACAUUACACAUUCUCUUGACUAGAAGUUCACAUCUUGUACUGGCAAAUACUGGCUAUUUUUGUAUACAGACUUUUGAAUGAAACACAACAAUUGUUUGGUUUGCAUUGCAAGAAGGACGGUACUCCUUCCUCAGUGCUUGACAAUGUUCUGAUGCAGACGAUAGACUCCUGCAAAGAGAUUUGGCUUCUCUUAGAUGAAAUCAGAGAUUUAUGAGUCGUAGAUACCCUGACCCAAUAUGGUAAAAUGUAAUAUAUAUAUAUAUAUAUAUAUAUAUAUAUAUAUAUAUAUAUAUAUAUAUAUAUAUAUAUAUAUAUAUAUAUAUAAUAUACACCUAGUCUCUACUGUUCUCUGACUGCAUAGGUGGCGCGCUGCCACGCGUGGACCGGACUUUGCUGUGGUGUCCACAGCCCGACGGUGCUACUGUGGAAAAAGGAUCUUUCACUCUGUUCAAGUACAAAAUGGCUUCCUGCAAACCUGGUGCCCUCGUGUACAGUUUUUAUACUAUCGUUUGUUGGCAUCUUGUGUUACUUUGGGGGUCAAGUCUGACGAGCGUCCCGCGCCCCCAGCAACACGUUGGGGCACAGGGCGGGCAGUGAGCGGCUAACGCUGGUCCCAGGAAGGCAGAGCAGUGAGCCUCAGGCAGCACUGUGGCGUUACGUCGCAUUAGGUCACUCUUGACCCCAGAGCCUCCGGACCCAAACUACAGCUCCUUUAAAGAUAUAAAUAAAAAAAAUAAUUUCAGACAUACGUGCAGACUUAACAGGCUUUGCCACGCUUACGUUCCACAAGAUGUAAACCUUUCCCUUGACGUACAAUAUUUACUGUGCUGUGACUGAAGCAAAACAUGUUAUGUAAAAUUUUGAUGUGCCAUUUAGUUUACAUUUCUCGUAUUUGCUCAGCAGCUCCCGGUGGCCCGAGCCACCACCACCACUAUUACUACUACCACCACCACCACCACCACCACCACCACCACCACCACCACCACUACCUGCUCUCAUGUCAGUGUGUCAACAAGUGCCUCAUUGAACCUUGAGUUACAAGUUACGAACGUCCUUAGUGUCACAUCACUUGUACGUACGUUACGUUUCGUUACGUCAGCCUGUGAGCCUAACGCUGGGCCGCGAUGCGUUGUUGUUCGUAAUGUUGUGGUGCGCGUGUCACGACCAGGCAACAUAACGGAGAGUACCUACCGCCUAACACUACAGCUGUAAAAAUGUCCUUUGCCAGGAAGUGCCUAAGCAUAUUGCAUGUUUUCAUGUAUUUUCUUCCUAAGAUUAUUUUUUAAAUAAGCUUUGGAAGAAAUUUGUAUGGCAGGUACAAUACGUUGCUUUGUCAUAAAAGCUUUGUGUUUGCAAGUCAUGACGGUGUCCUGGCGAGCACCCCUUGGGUGCAUGACAAUCAAAAUGAUAUUUUAGAAGUAAAGCUUAAUGAAGAAGUUAUGCUUGGAAUUUUAAAUUUAGUUGAGUUGUUUGAGUCCGAGACUCGGGAAGACCUUUGCCAGAUCCCUCAGGUACAGGAGACUGCACCUCCGAGGAGAGUGUUCUCGGUCUCAGGUCGUCAUUUAGAGGUAGAUUCAGGAAUUGUACUUGUGGUAUCCUAAGAGUCCUUGAGGAGUGAAGGACACGUGUAGCCCCGUCAUUGCUGAGCCUUUUCUGUGAUGUUGUGGUUGAACACUUUGGCUGGUCACGCUGGCAGACUGACGGGCUACUUUUCUUGGAUUCUUGCAAACCAUUGCUUUGCUUUCAUGAACUGCAUUACACUGGAGUUGUUAACUUAUCGGAAAGUGUUUAUGAAAUCGUCUAAUACUAAGGAGCUGGGUAACAGAUAAAUGUUGUCGGAAGGGAUGGGACCAAACCUGCAGCAAGUGCCUCAACAGGGAGACCACAGGGUUGCUUGAGGGAGAACCUGACCUGUUAAGCUAUAAAAUGCUAAUGUGAGCUCGAUGUGAUAACCUUCCAUUGACUAUAAGGAGGUAGGUGUUGGGACAGUGUGUGUGCGAGAAGACAGAAUGGUUGUUGUAACGCUAGGGAUAGAAUACGGAUAUUAUUUUAAAGGUACGGGGUAGCGACGGAAUGGUGACAUGUGAAUGUGACCACUGAUGCAUGAAGAUAUGCAACUAUUAAUAAUAAAUCAGAAUCACAUUGUUUGUUCGGUCAUCAUGUUCACAGUGUCACCUGUGGGAGUUCUGUGAAGGCGGCGUUGAGAAAUGAGGGAAGAGAUUGAGGGACAGCUAAUGCACACAUUUCUCUCAAUAGGUUACUGGUAUGUUAGUGUUGGCACAGAGAGAGAGAGAGAGAGAGAUUACCUAGUUUUGUGCAUCACAGACCUGAACUUUGGAAGAACUACUUCACUAAACCGUAUCGAGAGUUACGAAUGUGUGUGUGUGUGUGUGUGUGUGUGUGUGUGUGUGUGUGUGUGUGCGAGGACAACAACACACCGAGUGCCUGCCUUCGUCGGGGUCUGGUCGGCGUGCCAUUUGAGGCUACAAAUGUGAAGUGGCUGAUCACAUUAUUCAAGUUGUAUGUGAGAAAUUUGUGCAUUUAUGAACGAAUGUCUUUGUUUGUUUUCACUGGGAGAGCCACCCCCACCCACCCCACAGCCAGCACGUGGAGGCUCCCGGCCGCCCUGCCCCGGCCACUCAGGCUGCCUGGCUGUCAUGUAUCCACCGCUGUACAUAGUGUACAUAAGAGGUUACAGAGUUAAUUCGGGUGAAGCACAGGGUGGUUGCUAUUUUAGAGGAAAAGAUUCUUCCUGCCUUAUAUUUUUGUUAACCUUGGUGACGCAACCGUCCACUGCUUUACCACGCAUACUAUGUACUACAAAUGUGGCCUGACCAUAUUACGAACAUGUACAGUUGAUUUUUAUUAAAAACUUUUAGACUA